UAGUCUACUGGGUGGGAGUUCUAACUUCAUGGACAUGAUUCCAACAGGGUUACCAGGAGGGAUCAGUCAAUCGUGAAGAAGAAACUGACUACUUUAAAAUGGAGAGAGUCUCAAUGGUGCUGCCCAUGCUGUCACAUACCCUACAAUGGCACAGAUACAAACAUUAGUCUUCCAUCUAUCUCUAUGCGCCCAACACACUUACGGCGCCGCCGCAACCGUUUCUGGGAGGAGAAUGAUUCGACGAGAGAUGCAAUUCAAUCCCAGGAACGUUGCAAUGCCUUGUUUCACUGAUGAGGUUUGGGCAUAGGCACCGUGUAAGUGUCAUUGGUAAUCGCAACAGAGGAGGAUAAAAUUAGGCUAAUAAUAAACUUUAUCGGGGGUAGAACGAAGGACAUUAUUUAUCAUCCAGUGUACUAGCUAGCUGAAGAUUUCGGCUUGAUGUUUACUGGAGAGAGAGUGGAAGUGGACAUCAUGGGCACGAAAUUAACAUCCAACGUGCUGAAGUAAAGUGGACCCACGAGACUGCUUAAAACCCAUCCCCAGCCAUGGCAGGCUUCAAGCGAGGGUAUGAUGGCAAGAUUGCAGGGCUCUAUGACCUGGAUAAGACGCUGGGCCGGGGCCACUUCGCCGUGGUCAAACUGGCGCGCCACGUCUUCACGGGGGAGAAGGUGGCGGUCAAGGUCAUCGACAAGACCAAGUUGGACACGGUUGCCACGGGUCACCUGUUCCAGGAAGUGCGUUGUAUGAAGCUGGUACAGCACCCCAACAUUGUCCGGCUCUACGAAGUCAUCGACACGCAGACCAAGCUCUACCUGAUCCUGGAGCUGGGCGACGGAGGAGACAUGUUCGAUUACAUCAUGAAGCACGAGGAGGGCCUCAGCGAGGAGCUGGCCAAGAAGUACUUUGCCCAGAUCGUCCAUGCCAUCUCCUACUGCCACCGGCUGCAUGUGGUGCACCGUGACCUCAAGCCGGAGAAUGUGGUGUUCUUUGAGAAGCAGGGAGUGGUGAAGCUCACUGACUUUGGCUUCAGCAACAAGUUUCAGCCAGGGAAGAAGCUCACCACUAGCUGUGGCUCGCUGGCCUACUCUGCCCCAGAGAUCCUGCUGGGAGAUGAGUACGAUGCUCCGGCCGUAGAUAUCUGGAGUCUUGGUGUGAUCCUGUUCAUGCUGGUGUGUGGACAGCCCCCCUUCCAGGAGGCCAACGACAGCGAGACCCUCACCAUGAUCAUGGACUGUAAAUACACUGUACCCACCCACGUCUCCAACGCCUGCAAAGAUCUGGUAGGCCGGAUGCUGCAGCGGGACCCAAAGGGCCGUGCGUCUCUGGAGGAGAUAGAGAGCCAUGCCUGGCUGCAGGGGGUGGACCCGUCCCCAGCCACCAAGUUCAACACCCCCCUGGUGUCUCAUAAGAGCCUGUCUGAGGAUGAGCACAACGGGAUCAUACAGCGCAUGGUGCUGGGGGACAUCGCAGACCGAGAGCCCAUAGUAGAAGCCCUGGAGACCAACAAGUACAACCACAUCACUGCCACCUACUUCCUGCUGGCUGAGAGGAUCCUGAGAGAGAAACAGGAGAAGGAGGUCCAGACACGCUCUUCCAGCCCCAGCAACAUCAAGGCCCAGUUCAGGCAGUCCUGGCCGACGAAGAUUGACAUGCAUCAGGAUAUCGAGGACAGUCUGGCAGCCUCCUCCAUCUGCCACGCUGGUGGUCCCCAGUCCCCCGCCCGCAGCGCUGAGAGCCUUCUCAACGGACACCGCACCAAAGGUCUGCUGGAGCUCCGCAGGGACGAGAGCAACGCAGGGGCCUCCGGUGCCCCUGCCCCCGUUUCUGGGCCCCCUAGAGCUGGGGCCACGGCCCCCACACCCUCCACCUCCUCAGCCAAGCAGCGCAGCUGCCUGUUCAGGGUGGAGGAGGAUGAAGAGGAGGAAGAGGACCCGUCCCCUCUGUCCACCCAAGUGAUCCUGCGUCGCAAGGCUCCAUCUAUCACCAACCGGCUGACCUCCAGGAAGAGCGCCCCAGUCCUCAACCAGAUCUUUGAGGAGGAGGGUGAGUCAGACGACGACUUCGACAUGGACGAGGGCCUGCCACCCAAACUCAGCCGGCUAAAGAUGAACAUCGCUGCUGCAGCGGCCGGGUCGCCGGGCACCACUCAGAAACGCUAUCACCGCCGCAAGAGCCAAGGCCGCGGCUCGUCCUGCUCCAGCUCAGAGACCAGCGACGACGACUCCGAGAGCCACCGCCGGCGUCUGGACAAGGACACAGGCUUCACCUACAGCUGGAACCGCAGGGACAGCAGUGAGGGCCCGCCUGGAAACUCAGGGGGAAAUGGUGGAGGGAGCAGUGGAGGGCAGAGUAAACCCCCCGGGGAGGGGGGCAGUCCUCCUGGAGGGGGAGGUGGGGGGAGUAGUGACAAUGGAGGGAGUGGUAGUAGUGGGGGGGGAGGAGGUAAGGGACAGGGUUCCCCCUCAAGUUGUUCUAACGGCAGCAGUAACCACUCGUCUUCAGGCUCAGGGUCCACGCGGAGACACUGUGCCUCCCGCAGCCCCGGGGCAGCAGAGCUGGUGGAGAGCCUGAAGCUCCUGAGCCUGUGUAUCAGCUCCCAGUUACAACACAGGGGGAGAAGUGGAGGCCCCGGCCUGGCAGGGGGGAUGGGCCAGUUCAUCAUAGACCCUCAGAACCUGUCCAAUAGUCUGUCCAGCAGCCUGUCAGCUGGCAGCGUCAAGACACAGGAGAGGUCCUCUUGGAAGAUGUGCAUCGGCUCCAAUGGCAGCUUGGACCUUGAGUUAGACACCAUCGCUCUGCCCACCACCGCUGUCAACACUCCAAGGUCAUACACAGACCAAACGGCAGCAGCACUUAGCGAACUGGCCCUGGCCACCAAGGAGAAUAACAAGCUGAACAACCUGAAAAAGAAUGUUCUCCAGCUACCUCUGUGUGAAAAGAGCAUCUCUGUGAACAUCCAGCGCAGCCCUAGAGAAGGGCUCCUGUGCACCUCUCAGGCCAGCUGCUGCCAGGUCAUAUGACACACACUCCCUGGCGACCCUCUGACACCACUCUGCCAGUCCAAUCUGUCCAACCACAGUCACCGCUGUAGCAUACGUCUGACCUCAGAACACCUCCCCAUCACAACCUGCCUUCUGCUGUUGUCUUAAAAGAUGACACUUGUUAUUGUUUUUGUUUGUUCACUAGGACCUAUGAGCUGCAUGCUGCAGGGGGUUCUUUUGUUUUGUUUCUGCUACAUCACUAGCUCCCCCUGGAAUGAGCCGAGGUAACAGAACUUAACUCAAUUCUAAGGUGAGUUGGGGUGUUGAUGUAAACAUAAAUAUGGAUGUUGGUUUGAUUUUAGAUGAACUAUAUUUUGGGGUACAAAAUACCAAACUUUUAACAGUGGGUAAGUAGUAGCACGUGAUAGUUAAAGGGUAAGCACUUAAAUUAGAUUAUUGGUCUACUGUCUACUAUGUAAAGGGUAUGCUAGGAGAGGUAGAGGAGGACAGGACAGAGAUACCAUACAGCUGGGAGAGGUAGAGGAGGACAGGACAGAGAUACCAUACAGCUAGGAGAGGUAGAGGAGGACAGGACAGAGAUACCAGUCACCAUACAGCUGGGGAGAGGUAGAGGAGGACAGGACAGAGAUACCAGUCACCAUACAGCUGGGAGAGGUAGAGGAGGACAGGACAGAGAUACCAUACAGCUAGGAGAGGUAGAGGAGGACAGGACAGAGUCACCAUACAGCUAGGAGAGGUAGAGGAGGACAGGACAGAGAUACCAGUCACCAUACAGCUGGGAGAGGUAGAGGAGGACAGGACAGAGAUACCAUACAGCUAGGAGAGGUAGAGGAGGACAGGACAGAGAUACCAUACAGCUAGGAGAGGUAGAGGAGGACAGGACAGAGAUACCAUACAGCUAGGAGAGGUAGAGGAGGACAGGACAGAGUCACCAUACAGCUAGGAGAGGUAGAGGAGGACAGGACAGAGAUACCAUACAGCUAGGAGAGGUAGAGGAGGACAGGACAGAGAUACCAGUCACCAUACAGCUGGGAGAGGUAGAGGAGAACAGGUCAGAUACAAGUCACCAUACAGCUGGGAGAGGUAGAGGAGGACAGGACAGAGAUACCAGUCACCAUACAGCUGGGAGAGGUAGAGGAGAACAGGACAGAGAUACCAGUCACCAUACAGCUGGGAGAGGUAGAGGAGGACAGGACAGAGAUACCAGUCACCAUACAGCUGGUAGAGGAGGACAGGACUGAGAUACCAGUCACCAUACAGCUGGGAGAGGUAGAGGAGAACAGUACAGAGAUACCAGUCACCAUACAGCUGGUAGAGGAGGACAGGACAGAGAUACUAGUCACCAUAAAGCUGGGAGAGGUAGAGGAGGACAGGACAGAGAUACCAGUCACCAUACAGCUGGGAGAGAUAGAGGAGGACAGGACUGAGAUACCAGUCACCAUACAGCUGGGAGAGGUAGAGGAGGACAGGACAGAGAUACCAGUCACCAUACAGCUGGUAGAGGAGGACAGGAAAGAGAUACCAGUCACCAUACAGCUGGGAGAGGUAGAGGAGGACAGGACAGAGAUACCAGUCACCAUACAGCUAGGAGAGGUAGAGGAGAACAGUACAGAGAUACCAGUCACCAUACAGCUGGUAGAGGAGGACAGGACAGAGAUACCAGUCACCAUACAGCUGGGAGAGGUAGAGGAGGACAGGACAGAGAUACCAGUCACCAUACAGCUGGGAGAGGUAGAGGAGAACAGUACAGAGAUACCAGUCACCAUACAGCUGGUAGAGGAGGACAGGACAGAGAUACCAGUCACCAUACAGCUGGGAGAGGUAGAGGAGGACAGGACAGAGAUACCAGUCACCAUACAGCUGGGAGAGGUAGAGGAGAACAGUACAGAGAUACCAGUCACCAUACAGCUGGUAGAGGAGGACAGGACAGAGAUACCAGUCACCAUACAGCUGGGAGAGGUAGAGGAGGACAGGACAGAGAUACCAGUCACCAUACAGCUGGGAGAGGUAGAGGAGGACAGGACAGAGAUACCAGUCACCAUACAGCUGGGAGAGGUAGAGGAGGACAGGACAGAGAUACCAGUCACCAUACAUGGUCCUGGAGGAAGGGAAGUAACCUGUAACCUUCAUGUUGAUAUAAGCUCCUGCCAUGCAGUCACAUGGCAACGACCAACUGAGACAGAAACUUGGUAACCUCUAGAGAUGUUUUAAUUUGAUUCAUUGAUUAACUUCAUUCAGUGACCUACUGUCUGAAACGUUAUUUCACUUUGAUAUUGCACACAGACAAUCUGUUUUAUGUUUGUAUUUUUUAAGUGUAUGGAAUUAAAGAUGCAUUUUAGAUGGCUAUAAAUCUCACUGAAUUGAUUUUGAAGGCAACAUGAAUUAUUGUUUCCAAACCGCUGUUUAACAAGUGCUACUUCAACACAUCUGGUUUACUUUGGUGUUACUGAGAGCCAGUAACCUGGAAAAUAAGGCUUCAGCUUCGUCUUUAUUCCAAUCUCAAUGCACUCGUCUUCAGGCACAAUAAAUGAACCUAUUUGGGUCAAAUACUACUAUACUUACUAUUGUAUAGUGAAUACAGGUAGGAGCUGCAAUCUUUUAGACACUAUUCUAACAGAAAGGGUCAUUCAUCUGUAAUUAUAACUACUGCUAUUCAUUUGCAAAUUGGGCAAACUCCUGAAAUGAUUCAAAGUUCAUGACAACGUGUCAAACUGAAUGUAAAGUACACUGGUAGACGAGUAGUGUAUUUUUUUCCUGUGCUGGGCCUCAAGGUAGCAGGCAAGCAGACCCACACAGAUUUUAUGUGGUCCCGUUCACAUGUUGGUCAUGGCCUUGGUUGACCACCUGCCAUGUUGACGUAACAUCUUAGAAAAUGCAUUUUAAGAUCAAUAGAAGAGCAUGAGAAUUUAAAAGAAAAACGUACUAAUGAAUUGAAAACUGCAUUGGGUCUCUGUAUUCCAGUGGACCCACACACGUCUUUGCUUUGUUAGACUGUUUCACUUUCUGUUACUGUAACUGACUGGUCUUCUGACUGGCCUGGCAGGCUGGUCUUCUGACUGGUCUUCUGACUGGCCUGGCAGGCUGGUCUUCUGACUGGCCUGGCAGGCUGGUCUUCUGACUGGCCUGGCAGGCUGGUCUUCUGACUGGUCUUCUGACUGGCCUGGCAGGCUGAUCUUCUGACUGGUCUUCUGACUGGCCUGGCAGGCUGGUCUUCUGACUGGUCUUCUGACUGGCCUGGCAGGCUGGUCUUCUGACUGGCCUGGCAGGCUGGUCUUCUGACUGGUCUUCUGACUGGCCUGGCAGGCUGGUCUUCUGACUGGCCUGGCAGGCUGGUCUUCUGACUGGCCUGGCAGGCUGGUCUUCUGACUGGUCUUCUGACUGGCCUGGCAGGCUGGUCUUCUGACUGGCCUGGCAGGCUGAUCUUCUGACUGGUCUUCUGACUGGCCUGGCAGGCUGGUCUUCUGACUGGUCUUCUGACUGGCCUGGCAGGCUGGUCUUCUGACUGGCCUGGCAGGCUGGUCUUCUGACUGGCCUGGCAGGCUGAUCUUCUGACUGGUCUUCUGACUGGCCUGGCAGGCUGGUCUUCUGACUGGCAUGGCAGGCUGGUCUUCUGACUGGCCUGGCAGGCUGAUCUUCUGACUGGCCUGGCAGGCUGGUCUUCUGACUGGCCUGGCAGGCUGAUCUUCUGACUGGCCUGGCAGGCUGGUCUUCUGACUGGCCUGGCAGGCUGGUCUUCUGACUGGCCUGGCAGGCUGGUCUUCUGACUGGCCUGGCAGGCUGGUUUGUUUGUUUGUUUUUAAAGGGUAUAUGUUGAGUAUGUAUAUAUGUUUUUAAAAGUUAUAUUUUUGAAUGAUCUGCUGUUUUAAAAAUGAUUCUAUGUUGAAGUGGGCGGCCCGUGAGUCUUUCGUUGGGGACUAACAUCGCAGUGUGUGUCACACACACCCACACCUUACUGGACACUGCAGGGUGAAGGUUUUACAUUCAGGAUUAGUGGUUCAGUAGAGCACAUGCACCUUUCAGGAGAGAUUCCUGUCUGUAAGCUUUAAAGGACUGGGCUUAGUAAAGAAGGAAAGAAAUGGGGUUGUAGGGAGAUGUGGGGAUAUAUUUUAAGGGCAUUGGCAAUAAGCUACAUGUUGCAGCUAUCUGUAAAUCAACAUAUUUUUGUUUUAUAUUUCAACCCUGUACAGCCUUAGAUUGAAAGGCACCUCGGACUAAAAACUAACAGAGAAAGAUAUCUUGAGUAUUUUUUUUCUUUUGAAACAAAAUGUCUGUAAAUAGAGAUGUAAAUAUGGUGCUCUAUAUUUAGAGACGGCAGAGUGAACCUCUUGGUGCAGAGCUGUAAGUAUAGCCUUAUUAGGAAUGGGUGUCUCCAAGAAAAGAACAUGACUUUAUUCAUGUCAGCCAGUCUGACCGUUGUCUUACCCAGAUGUAAACAGCUGAAUGACAUGUGCAUGUGUUAUAUGUUUAACAUUAUCGAUCCAAGGACAUCGAGAGAGGAAGAACCAUCCACUGAAUGUUACUGGACCAAACCAUGUACUGGCUAAAUGAAAAUAUGAAAUGGCAGAAUUAUUCAAUGUAUUAUUCUGUAGUUGAUACCUGUUGUGAACAGUUACAUAUAGCUAUGGUAAUAUCCUAAAUAAAAUGUUGUGGGAAAUGACGUCUUA